AUGGAUGGCAAUCAUUCAGUUAAACGUCUUGAAGGUUCCAGCUCAGCAGAUGAGCAUGUCUUCAACAGCAGAUAUUUCAUCCCCAAGGCUGUGGUGGAACUCUUCAAAGAUGAUGUUCACAAUCGGCCUGGUGAACAGCCGAGUGGUGAGAAUGCCAACUGCACUGAAAAUUGGACAGCCGCUUCUGUCGAGGAGAACAAAAUUUUUGUCUUCGAGCAAACUGGCAUCUUCAUCUUGGCGUGUCGCCAUGGCUUUGUUGAAUCUAUUGUUGAGAUGAAGCGAAGUGGUGAACUUCACUUACUCAAUGUCUGCGGGAAUGAGCAAGCUGUAGGCCACGACAUUGGCUGUUCAUCACGCAAGACUAUCGCAGCAAGUUCUAUUGGUGUGAGAGCAAAGUCACUAAAUCUUAUUGUUGCAGUAAACAGUUUCCAUGGAUAUGCUCAUAACCGCCGCUGCCAGCUGCAAAAUCAUCCUUUGUACCUCAAAGUGACUAAAGGUCGCUUCUUAUUCAAUAAUUACAUUCAGGCACUCAGGAUCAUUGAGGAUUAUACGCCUUUGCUUGAGGAGUUCAAGUCCCGGAAAUCGCUCACUGACCAAGACUUUAUCCAGUGGCAUCAAGAAGAAAUUGAGUUUCUUGGAAACUUGGCUGUCGAAUCACCGUCUGAUGUCCUUGCGGUGGCAUAUGUUGAAGAGCUUGAGAAGCUUUGUCUCACUGAGUCAUUGUAUGGCAGUGUCACAUCAGUGCCUUUCCUCACGUAUACACCUGCUAGCUUUAUGCAAACUUCAGGGUUGAAUGCCAGCGCUCGGCGACAGUCAAGAACAGUCGAAGCAGAAUGCUUAUCGGCACUGCGGAAAUAUGAACUGCAAAUGAACGUUGUCGAUGACUUUGAGCGGCGGAAUGGCAUUAAUGAGCGUUGGACAACAGCACACCCUGGAUAUACUCAGGCACUUGAGUAUGGUCACGAGCGCCACUUCAUUCGGACUGUGGAGCAAUUAGAGGGCUUAGUCGUCCAACACUUAUUUGAGUUUUCAAAGGCCAACCUUGCAAACACAGGUUACAAAAUGCGGAAACAUAUUUCCAAAGCCAUCACACGCCGAUCUGCUGCUAUUCGCUCGAUGCUUGAGAAGUACAACAAGUUAGCCCCUCUUCAAACACCACCUCGGCCCAUCCUUGAUUAUUCUGAAGUUGUCGGGUAUGCUACCCUUGGCGAGUUCUCACUGCUCAAACAUUCUCGCCAUGACCUCCUUUCGAAGCCAUGGGCUGUCCCCGACAAUCAGGAAAUGGCGGCCAAAUAUUUCAAGGUGGUGAGGUCACACAAGGAGAUUGCCCGCCUAAAUGUUGAAAUACGUCGCCUUGAUGCUUGGGUUGAGUAUGAUGACGCAAAGAUGCUAGAAGUAAUUGAGACAUUAACGGUUGAUGAAACUGACUCCCUUCUUGCCGCAGAAUUGAGACGGCAGUACAAUGAACGGCACCGUAUCAACAAUGUUCACCGCCAUCGUUUGGACAAGAUUCGUUACCUCAAGGGCUACAGUGGCCCGGCUGCUGUGCUGUGGCACAACUCUGUGGAGAUGGAGAGAUCAGACAACAAAGAGGAACCAGUUGAUGUUUGGGAGGAUGACGAGUUGAAUGAUGAAGCUUCACGUCUUGAAGAUGCCAUUUCUCGUCUUUAG